AUGGGUCCCGAAAUCUAUCUCCAGCUGACUGCUGUCCUGGUCGCCCUCUUGGCCGUCUCGGACGGGAACGACAACAGCCUACACGACCAGGAGAAGGGUACCGAGCCAGCUCGCGACAUACCCGCCUCCGUCCUAGAAUCGGGGGACACCAUCGAGCGAGGCCAAUGGGUCCGCAGGAUUACCGGCUACGUCCAGGUGGGGAGGUACGGGAGCCGUCACAAUGUGCUGACUGUCAACACCGAACUAGAGUACUAUCUCAAUGCAGAGAACUGCGUCGAGGCCACGUACCACACCUGGACUGAUGGGUUAGGCACAAGGAAGAAAUAUCGAACAGUGGUGUUCGGGAAGGGGUCGCUGGUGAAUUUUGGGGACGGGGCUAUAACAACUGGUAACAUCACGUCGUACGGAAAAGUCGGUAUGGCUCUCGGAUCUAGACCAGCCCAGUGUGAGCGUGUCGACCAGGAUUGCGAUCCUUUCAUGCAGCGGCGCGAGCGGCCUUUCAAGAAGCUGUCAGAUGAAAAUCUAGGGAUUUUCUUAUCCAACAUGCCAACAAGCCCAUGUCCGAGGCAGUGA